AUGUCGCCGCCGCUUCCCCUCCCCGAAGCCAUCCCUCCGGUUCUGCGCUCCGCUAAAACACACGAACUCUCCAAAAUCGUCUUUAACAACCGAAGCCCCCGUUCGGUUCUUCCGAUUUGGGUGGAUUUCGAGGGCAAACCCCGUUGUUACCCGGUGCUGCAGCCUCGGACCGGGAGGAUGAUGCACAGUUACCGGGGUCACCUCUGGCUGUUCCGGGACGCGGGGACGAACGACGGCCUCCUCGUCAACCAGCAGGAGCUGUUUGUAGCGGCUCCCGAUGUGAAUAAAGCAGAUAUCACACUGCCAGUGUUCACCCUGAAAGAGAGAUGUCUCCAGGUUGUUCGCAGUCUGGUCAAACCAGUGGACUACAGGAAGCUGGACAUUGUUCGAUCGUUAUAUGAAGAGCUGGAAGAUCAUCCUGAUAUUAAGAAGGACCUUCAGCGGCUUUCUCUGGAGAGAAGUGAAAUGUUGAGCAACGGAAUUCUGGAAUAA